ACGUGUCACGUGACAUUCAAAAUGGCGACGCACAGUUGGUUUCCGUUCUGUUGCUAGUUUGCUGAAGAAAAUACCUGUUAAUGAAGUAAUUUGAAGUAGCCGUACAGUCGCGUAUAUCCCCAGAUGGCAUAGGCAUGGCUUCUCCUACGUCAGACAUCUCGGAGGAACCGGUAGCUAUGACAACAGACAAUGAAGUGGUUGUCAAGGUAGAAGAACAAGCAGACACAUCAGCAAUGUCACACAAAGAACUCAUGGACAAAGUGAAGGGAGAAUUAGCCCAGCUGAUGAAAGACGACACCUUGUUAAACGAUCUGCCAGGGGAGGUAACUCUGGAGGAAGUAAAGUCUCAGAUAGCUCUGGAAUACGGACAGGCCAUGACAGUUUUUGUACGAAGAGACGAUGACCAAACCAUGCCUGUUGUUGUUACACAAAAUGCUACAGUACAGGAGUUGAAACGUUUGAUCCGGACAUUUGUCAAUCUAAAGCUGAGCCGUGAAGGGGGCAAGAGAUGUAUAAGCUGGAGAUACAUCUGGAAGAGGUACUGGCUGUAUUUUGAUGGAGAAAAAUUGUCUGAUGAUAACAAACUUCUUAAAGACUAUGGGAUUCACAAUAAAUGUGAAGUGUCCUUCCGUAAAAGACUUUCCAAGAGAGGCCUGGGGGAUGUGAACUGAAAUCGCAGGGGCUGUUUCCCAAGGAGGUCGAAACGUCACGUCAACCUAAUCACCAUGACAUUGUAUACAGAUGCCAUACGUCGCCUUGGCAUUUGCAACCGGUGUAAAGUUACGACCCCUGUGAGAAAUAAUCUCCUGGUGGAUUCGAAAUUGUAAACUGAGGGGUUGGAAGUUGUAAGCUUAUCUUAAAUUCAGAGUUGUAAACUAAGGAAUUCCAAGUUAUGAACUGAUGGAUUAGAAGCUGUGAACUGACUGGUUAUAAAUUGUGAACUGAGGAAUUCCAAGUUGUAAAGUGAGGGAUUCAGAGUUGUAAACUCAGGGACUCAAGGUUAUAAACUCAGGGACUCAAAGUUAUAAAGUCUGUUGUAUAUAUAAAAGCCUAUUUGGUCAUGAUAUACUCAUGCGGUAUACAUGUAAAUCUUGCCACAU